GUCAUCCAUCAUUGGCAGAGUCAAAAUGUCAAAGUAUCCGGGGUCGAUGACAUGGUACUACUUCCUAAGAUCACCGAGGAUGCUAUCAUGGAUAAUUUACGCAAGAGAUAUAUGGAUGACUACAUAUACACUUGCAUUGGGCCUGUCUUGGUUUCUAUUAAUCCAUUUAAACAAAUGCCGUACUUUGGCGAGAAGGAAGUUCAAAUAUAUCAAGGAGCUGCCCCGUAUGAAAAUCCACCGCAUAUAUACGGGUUGGCAGAUGAAAUGUACCGCAACAUGUUGAUAGACGUCGAGAGUCAAUGCGUCAUCAUAAGUGGUGAGUCAGGCGCCGGCAAGACGGUAGCUGCUAAGUACAUAAUGGCUUAUGUUUCGAGGGUCAGCGGCGGCGGGGAUCGUGUACAGAGAAUUAAGGAUAUUAUCUUGGAAUCCAAUCCUCUGCUCGAGGCGUUUGGUAACGCCAAGACUAUUAGGAAUAACAAUAGUAGUCGAUUUGGAAAGUAUGUAGAGAUGCAAUUUGGAGAUGGCGGACAGCCUAUCGGCGGUAAAAUAUCAAACUUCCUGCUCGAAAAAUCACGGGUUGUCAAGCAUAAUGGCGGUGAGAGAAACUUCCAUGUGUUUUAUCAACUGACAGCUGGAGCAAAUGAGCAGAUGAAAUCGGAAUUCGGCUUGAGAAACGAACUCGACGGCUGUGAUUAUUUAAUGAAUUGGGACGGUAAUAUUUGCCGUAUGGGUGAUCGAGGAAGUAGCAGUGAUGCCAAAGAUUUUCAAGAAACAUUGAAAGCUUUGAGCGUUAUGGACAUCAAAGAGACCGAAGUAUCUAAUAUACUACGCCUGGUAGCUGGGAUUCUUCACAUAGGGACAAUUAAGUUCCGAGAAAACGGAAAUUACUCCCAAAUUGCAGAUCCAAGAGUGCUAAGAUUGCCGGCAUAUUUGUUAGGUAUAUCAGCAGAAAAAUUGUCCCAUAAACUGAUAUCACGUGGAUUUGAGUCGAAAUGGGGCAGUCAGUCUGAGUCUGUAGAUGUAACUCUCAAUGUCGCUCAAGCACUUUAUACCCGCGAUGCUUUAGCCAAGGACAUAUACGCUCGACUCUUUGAUUAUCUAGUUAAACGAGUGAAUUCGGCAAUGAUGACAACUGGCGAUGCAUUUGAAAUAGCAAUCCUUGAUAUAUACGGAUUCGAAAUAUUCGAGACAAAUGGCUUUGAGCAAUUUUGUAUAAACUUUGUCAAUGAAAAGUUACAACAAAUAUUUAUCGAGCUGACCUUGAAAGCUGAGCAGGAGGAGUAUGUCGCAGAAAAUAUUAAAUGGACACCGAUAGAUUACUUUAAUAAUGCUGUUGUUGUUGAGCUACUGGAAGGUAAACGACCUCCCGGUAUUUUCCUAGUCCUUGACGACGUUUGCGCAACUCUUCAUGGUGGUAGUGAUGCUGCUGACGGUGAUUUACAAAAGAAAUUAUCCGUUGUUGCCAGUAGUCACGCUCAUUUCCACGCUAACGGCGAUGGUUUUGCAAUCUUGCACUACGCUGGCCAAGUUAUUUACUCAGUUGACGGAUUUUGUGACAAAAACCGGGAUGUUUUAUUUACUGACCUGAUAGACCUCAUGCGUACCAGUACUAAUAGUUUAGUACAACUAUUGUAUCCACCGGAAGAGGAAUUAACUAUCAAUAGUAAGACUAAAACACUUAAAUCGAGACCAACUACAGCGGGCAGUAAAAUUCGCAAUCAAGCGAGUCGGCUCGUUGCUCAGUUGAUCAAGUGUACGCCUCACUACAUCCGGUGUAUUAAACCGAACGAGACUAAAAAACCACGUGAUUGGGAUACGCUGAGAGUAAAACAUCAAGUUGAGUACUUGGGCUUGAAAGAAAAUAUACGUGUAAGAAGAGCUGGAUUUGCUUAUAGACGUCCGUUUGCUAAAUUUUUACACAGAUACGCUAUUCUAACGCCUCAAACUUGGCCAUACUGGAGAGGAGAUGAAAAACGCGGUAUCCAAUGGAUCAUGUCCAGCAUUCAGAUCGAUGAGACACAGUACCAGCUUGGUAAAACAAAAGUUUUCGUCAAAGCUCCAGAAAGUUUGUUCAUGCUCGAGGAGGCUCGAGAUCGUAAGUACAAUUAUUACGCCCGUGUAAUUCAAAAAGCAUUUAAAAAAUAUUUUGCUCGUAAACGGCAAGAAGCUGAAAAGCAAGCGGCUACUGAUUUAUUGUACGGACACAAACAACGUAGACGCGCGAGUUUAGAAAGAAACUUUGUCGGAGAUUAUAUUGGUCUGGAUAGUAGACCAGGUAUUAAAAAUCUUCUCGGUCGUCGGGAUAAAAUAUUUUUCGCAGAAGUUGUUAAGAAAUAUGAUCGACGUUUCAAAAUGUGCCGUAGAGAUUUAGUACUUACUGGUAAUUGUUUAUAUUUAAUUGGCCGAGCAGAAAAAACUAAAAAAGAUCCAGGAGCAAGAAGACAACGAUUGAGUGAGGAAGUCAUCAAGCGAAAGCUUACCUUUGAUCAAAUAAGUCACGUGUCACUAAGCACGCUGCAAGAUGAUUUUAUAAUAAUUCAUGCAAAAGAAGACUACGCUAGUUUAUUGCAGCUUAUGUUUAAAACAGAAUUUUUGUCUGCAUUUAGUAAAAAAUACUUUGAACAACUGGGUCACGCUUUGAACAUUAGAUUCAGCAAUAACUUAGAGUUUAAAGUUAAAAAGGAAGGAUGGGGUGGCGGAGGAACGCGACAAGUUAAAUUUUCAAUGACCGGUUACGGCGACGAAGAGACGUUAAAGAUAAACGGAAAAAUCCUGAAUGUUAUUAUCGGUCCCGGUAUGCCAUCGACAUCGAGACCAUCGCGUUUAUCUGGCGCCAGAACAACUGGCACACGUUCAUUCAAUAAUAAUAAUAAUAACAGUAAUAAGUCGAUUAAUCAAAGCAAUAGUAAUGCUUAUCGACCUACUGUUGGAGGAGUAACAUCGAGCAAUAUUUACGAUAACGCCGAUACAAUAGGAAGUAGACCGCCCAUCCCAUCAUCAACUCCCCGUGCGUCACCAGCUGCUGCUGGUGCACCAAUUAAUACUCCCGUUAUUUCCUCGGGCUUACGACCCGCACUGCCUCCAAAUCGACCAAAUAUCCGGCCUGUGCCGCAGCAUAAUCACAUUAACAACGGUAAAGUCCCCGCUCUGUCAGCGACACUCGGGAAAAUUUUGACUAAUAAUCCUACAGGUGGUCCACGUGUCGGAUUGAUAAGAGCACCACCACCUCCUUCCGAUCCGGCACCACCGAAUCAGCCAAUUAUUUAUCCAGGUUACAAUCCUAUUAAUAAUCAAAGACUGUUGAUUAAUCAAGACAAUAAUCAAAUAAGUAAUAGUAAUAAUGAACGUAGUGUUAAUGGAAGUAAUCAUAGUUAUAGUAAUAAUAAUAGUAAUAAUAGAUUUUCUGGAGGACAUAUAAAUCAGUAUGAAGAUCCUAACCAGAGACUAGCAGCGACGCUUCAUAAUGCGAAUAGAAACAAAUUACCACCUAGACCACCUCCAGUAUCACAUUUACCUAAAGUAAAAGCUCUCUAUGACUACCAGCCGCAAGAUUUGGAUGAACUAGGUCUCAAAGAAGGUGACAUUGUUGAAGUUUUGAUGGAACAUGAAGGCGGUUGGUGGCACGGAAAAUUAAAAGGAAAAACUGGACUGUUUCCUUCAAAUUAUGUUGAAAAAAUAUAAAUUUUUGAUUAUUUACAUAUAAACAGAUUGUUAAAAUUUAAGUAGAUUUAUUAUUAAUGUUUAAUAAUUAAAUAAUUAUUCCAAAGAGAUGCUCCAAGCAUCAAAUAUGCGGGUACGUGCAUAAUAAAAUAUGUACACACAAUAAAUAAAUGCAUGUAUAUAAUUAAUAAUUAAAUAAAUUGACAAUUCGUUUAAUUGUUUGUCACAUCACACCGUAUAUUUGCACCGGAUAAAAGUAUGAUAUACAUAAUAAAAUAAAACUUAUACAUUAAUAUUAUUAUUACAAUACAAUAAUAAUAUAAAAUAUUUAAAUAAAAUAAUAUAUUUAAAUGACAAUUUAUUAUCAUAUCCAUCGACGGCAGAAACACUAAAUUGUCUGAUAAUGAUAAUGAUAAGUAUUAAUAAUAGUUAAAUAACAAGUAUCAUAAUAUGUUAAUAAAUAAUGUUAUGAUACUCGCGAAGCUCAAGUCUAUAAUUAUCAAUUAUUGCAUUGUAUUGCUGGCGUCAAUGAACAUUUUUUAUUAUUGUUGUUAUUAAAUAUAUGACAUUUACUCGAUAAAAUGAAAUUUAUAAGGUUUCAUUUUACAUAAACCAAGUACUAAAGUGCUAAAUUAAAAAAAAAUUGUAGGCGAGAGUGGCGGUAUUUACAGAGAUCACUCUUAUAACUAUUGUUUUUAUUUCAAUUAAUUUACUGAAUAGUGGUAAGUUAACUAUUUAAAAUCUAUUAGUCACUCCAAGUAUUUACAGCGUAUAGACCAAGUGUCAAGAUUUA